AUGCCUUCACUCACAGCCGAAGUCGAGGCCCUAGAGCUAUGGCGGCCCUCAGCCCCCGAGAAGACGGAGUUGUUCAAAUUCAAGAGCCAUAUCAACCAGAAAUACGCUCUGAAGCUGAAAAACUACGAUGACCUGUGGCAAUGGAGUGUCUCUAAUCCCGCAGAGUUUUGGGAAGAAGUCUGGCAUCUAACAGGUGUAAAAGCACACAAAACAUACUCCAAGGUUCUAGAUCCGCACUCAGCUCUAUUCCCGAGGCCACCUUUCUUUCAGGGCAGCCGUCUGAAUUUCGCCGAGAACCUUCUGUUUCCCCAGAAUUGCCCCGGCGACGAGUCAGUUGCCAUUAUUGGCGCUACCGAGUCAGACCGUGAGUUUGUUUCAUGGAGAGAAUUGAGAGAGCGGGUUCGGGUAUGCGCCAAUGCUAUGAGGCAAAUGGGCAUAGCAACUGGCGAUCGCAUUGGUGGGUUUGUUGGUAAUCACGUCAACGCCGUGGUGGUCAUGUUAGCCGCAGCCUCUAUUGGUGCUCUUUGGACUUCCAUUUCCCCCGAUACUGGAGUCCAUGCCGUUGUUGAACGCCUCCGACAGGUACAGCCGAGGAUACUAUUUGCAGACAAUGCUUCUCUUUAUAAUGGCAAGGUCCAUGGUACUGAAACGAAAGUCGUUGAUAUCGUGAAAGAAUUACCCUGCUUGGAACGUGUCGUGAUUCUAGAAGCUAUACAAUCGGUCCAACUUGGCAUGGAUAAAGUCAAGCCCCAAAGUGGACUAGCAGUUCUGUACAGGGAUUUCAUCAACCACGUACAGGAUUUUGAUGCACCCCUGAAGUUCGAAUCGUUAGAUCCAGAUCACCCGGUGUAUAUUCUCUAUUCGUCUGGAACAACCGGGGCUCCCAAGCCCAUUGUGCACGGCGCGUUGGGAACGCUUCUACAACAUAAAAAGGAACAUGUCUUACACGGAGACAUCAGACCAGGUGAUCGCCUAUUCUAUUAUACUACAACCACCUGGAUGAUGUGGCAUUGGCUUGUAUCGGCGCUUGCGAGUGGCGCCACAAUUGUUGUCUACGAUGGAAGUCCCUUUCGCCCAUUUGACGUCGAAGGGGGUAAGGGAGAAAUGGCGAUGCCCCGAUUGAUUGACGAGCUCGAAAUCACACACUUCGGAACGUCUGCGAAGUAUUUAUCAUUGAUCGAACAGGCAUCUUUAAACCCGCGAGAACAUCCCAACCGCCCGGUACGUUUGGAUAAGUUGAGAGCAAUCUUCAGUACCGCAGCCCCCUUAGCACCUUCUACCUUUGAGUACAUUUACUCCUCAUUCCAUCCAGAUGUCAUGCUUGGUUCUAUCACAGGUGGGACGGACAUAAUCUCUUUAUUCGGUGCUUCGUGCCCAAUAUCACCUGUAUAUAGAGGCGAGAUUCAAUGUCGGGGACUGGGGAUGGCUGUUGCUGCUUACGACUUUGCUGGAAACGAUAUAACGCAAACAAACGAGCCCGGUGACUUGGUUUGUCUCAAACCCUUCCCAGCCCAACCCGUCAUGUUCUGGCCACCUGGGCCAGAGGGAGAGGCGAAAUAUAAAAAGAGCUACUUUGAUGCCUUUGGCCCAACUGUAUGGCACCAUGGUGACUUUGUACGUAUCAACCCAGAUACAGGCGGCUUGAUGAUGCUUGGUCGCAGUGACGGUGUCCUCAAACCAGCAGGAGUCCGAUUUGGCAGCGCUGAGAUAUACAACGUAAUCUUAAAACACUUUUCGCAAGAAAUUGAGGAUUCUUUGUGCAUCGGGCGCAGACGCGAGGGCAUAGAUGUCGACGAGACUGUCGUUCUUUUUGUCAAGCUCGUCCCAGAAGGGUUGAAAGGGUCAGCUCCACAGAUAUCUCAGGAUUUGACGGCCAGGAUCCAGGCUGCUAUUCGCAAAGAACUCAGCGCACGCCAUGUGCCAGGCAUUAUUGCCUUGUGCCCUGGUAAUGAGAUUCCUUUGACUUCGAAUGGCAAAAAGGUGGAGAAUGCCGUGAAGCAAAUUCUGUGCGGGUUGAACAUCAAGACCUCCGCCAGCGUGGCCAAUGCAGAAUCUGCAGAAUUCGGGCGGGCGGCGUCAUUCCGGCGCAGACCUCGACUACGAAGCUUGAAAACUUGCCGUUGCCAACCAUUCCACGGCAACUCCCUUUUCCUUCUCCCAUCCCAACACGUUGUUUGCUUGGCUGUUCUCGAUAUGCGUCGAGCAGCAUUGCGAACUGCUCAGUCUGUUGGGCCCAUUGUCCGCAGCCAACUUAGAAACACUAGGGGACUUGCAAGCGCUGCGGACACGAUAGCUCGGGAUGCCUCCGAUUUCGAUCAAAUCACAACGCUCAAAAAUGGAAUCCGCGUCGCUAGCGAAUCGUUGCCUGGACCGUUCUCUGGCGUCGGAGUUUAUGUGGAUGCCGGUUCACGAUAUGAAGAUGAUAGUCUCCGCGGAGUCAGCCAUAUAAUGGAUCGUCUAGCAUUCAAGUCGACCAAGGCUCGUUCGGCGGACCAGAUGCUGGAGGCUCUGGAGUCGUUAGGCGGGAACAUACAGUGCGCUUCGUCUCGUGAGUCGCUUAUGUAUCAGUCUGCCAGUUUUAAUUCGGCCGUCCCCACGACCCUGGGCUUAUUGGCGGAGACAAUUCGGGAACCGUUAAUCACAGAAGAGGAGGUUGAACAACAACUGCUGACGGCUGAGUACGAAAUUAAUGAAAUAUGGAACAAGCCGGAGCUAAUCCUGCCGGAACUCGUACACAUGGCUGGAUUUAAGAACAACACGCUUGGAAAUCCUUUACUUUGCCCGCAGGAACGGCUGUUGGAAAUCAACAAGACUGUGGUUGAGAAAUACCGGGCAGCAUUUUUCAGGCCGGAGCGGAUAGUUGUUGCAUUUGCCGGUGUUCCGCAUGAUGAGGCUGUUCGACUCACAGAACAGUAUUUCGGCGAUAUGACAUCGGACAUCGAGGGCCCGGCUCUGCAUGGCAAGGGGGUGGAAUCAAUGCUUUCUGGAGACCCCAAGGCACAACGGGAGGGAGAAUUGCCUACCAUUCCUUUGAGCACCGCGACUGCUAAUGUUUCGAGCAAUGCACAAGCCGGAACGUCGGAAUCUAGUAUUCUGUCGAAACUUCCUUUUUUCAAGAGUUUAUCGACAUCUGCUCCGCGCAAGGCUACAGUUAAAGCUCUUGAUCCAGCUCUCCUCAAACCUUCGGCUGUUGAUCUGGGCCGUUCAGCUCAUUAUACUGGUGGAUAUUUGUCAUUACCACCGAUCCCCCCUCCAGCCAAUCCCAACCACCCACGACUGAGCCAUAUCCAUCUAGCAUUUGAAGCUCUUCCUAUCUCUUCUCCUGACAUAUAUGCGCUUGCCACUCUUCAGACAUUGCUUGGCGGUGGUGGCUCGUUCUCAGCCGGUGGGCCCGGCAAGGGCAUGUACUCUCGCCUAUAUACGAACGUGCUCAACCAGCAUGGAUGGGUUGAAAGCUGCAUUGCCUUCAACCAUAGCUACACUGAUAGCGGUCUGUUUGGCAUUUCAGCAUCGUGCAGCCCAACACGCACACCGCAGAUGCUCGAAGUCAUGUGUCGGGAGCUUCAAGCGCUGACACUCGACAGUGGAUUUUCGUCGCUACAGAUUCAAGAAGUGAAUCGUGCGAAGAACCAGCUUCGCUCAUCGCUCCUCAUGAAUUUGGAAUCUCGUAUGGUCGAGUUGGAAGACCUUGGACGCCAAGUGCAGGUGCACGGCCGCAAGGUCGGCGUCAAAGAGAUGUGUGAGCGCAUUGAGGCGCUGACGGUCAAGGAUCUGCGUCGCGUUGCCAGGCAGGUCUUUGGCGGGCAAGUGUACAACCCAGGACAGGGAACUGGAAAGCCUACAGUCGUCGUCCAGGAAGGCGAGUUGGAAGGUUACAAACUGCGGCCGUUUCCCUGGGAGGAAAUUCAAGAUCGAAUUUCAAAGUGGAAGCUUGGCCGGGUGUAA